AUGUCCUCAGCACAUCCUGCCACGAAGCAGUCAACUCCCUCCAAGGUGCUUAUACUACUAUCUUCUGUCGAGCCUGGAACCUCUCCAAAGCAUUUUGUUCAAGUCUACUCUGUGUGCUCCACCGUAUUUCCCACCGUACAUAUUUCCACCGCAAAUGGUCUGCCUCCAAUCUGGUCUACAAAAAACACUCCCCACACCACUACCCACAUGGACGAUGCCACUUCUAAAUGGAUCGCUGAUAAAAAAAAUAUUUUAUCCAACCCUUUAUCUUUAGAGGAUCUUGAUCCUGCUAUAGAAAACUACUCUGGACUUGUCGUGCCUGAUGCUGAUGGCUUUUAUUUUGAGCCUUGUUGCCAGAAAAUUCAUUCAUUCAUGGAAUACUUUCUAAAGUUUAAAAAACCCAUUUGCAUGAUUGGAUCUGGCACCGCUGUGCUGUUCUCGACAGAGCCAAAGACUGGUGAUAUGUGGAUAUUUAGAAAGUUUGCUCUCACUGCUCCUUCAAAUGUAUCGCUUAUUCAAUCAGAUCAGUAUCUUACAAAUAGAUCGAUUGAAGAUUUUAUAUCCGAUAUGUACGGAAGAUAUUCUACAGGGAAAUCCGAGUCGUUGCAUGUUGUUAUUGAUGACCACAUUGUUACUGCACAAGCAAAUACCAGCACAUUGAUUGCCAUUCAGACUUUUAUCCUACUGUGCAAUCGAUAAUAAAUGUAAAGU